CUAGCUUGAUGACGUCGCAACUUCGGAACAGAAAGGGGAGGGCGGAACUCCAAAUUUCGACAUAUUUUUGGUUAUUUUAGGUAGAAUUCAACAUGAUCAAAGCAAUAGUAGUCUUCAACAACCACGGAAAGCCUAGACUGAUCAAGUUUUUCCAGCAUUAUAAUGAGGACAUGCAGCAGCAGAUCGUACGCGAGACGUUCCACCUGGUCUCCAAGCGUGACGAGAACGUGUGUAACUUCCUGGAGGGCGGCAGGUGGGCCUCGGGCAAGAACUCAGACUCAGAGAAUUUGAUUGGUGGUUCAGACUAUAAGAUUAUCUACAGACACUACGCCACGCUGUACUUUGUGUUCUGUGUGGAUUCCUCAGAGAGUGAACUGGGCAUCCUGGACCUCAUACAGGUGUUUGUGGAGACCUUGGACAAGGCGUUUGAGAAUGUCUGUGAACUGGACCUGAUAUUCCAUGUGGACAAGGUUCACUACAUCCUGCAAGAACUGGUGAUGGGCGGAAUGGUACUAGAAACCAACAUGACAGAGAUCGUCACGAGGAUAGAGGAACAGAGCAAACUGGAAAAAUCUGAGGCGGGUUUGACAGCAGUGCCAGAGAGAGCCGCCUCGGCCGUUAAGGCUGGAUUGGCGGGGGCGCCAGCGAGGGUUGUGUCAGCGGCCAAGAACUUGGAUCUGCCAAAACUCCCAUCGAACAUCCAGCUGCCAAAUCUGCCCUCCUUCAGAUGAAGAUCAUUUUUCCUAAACUUCCAUUUUUUCAUGCCUUCUUUGUGUUAAGGUAGAAUUUUGCAUUUUCAAAAGAAACUGUUUUUUUUUUUUUUAAGAAAAGUGUUUUGUGGAAGCAUUGCAAGGUUGUUGAUUGGAUAGUAAUUGACCUCUUCACUUCCAAAUCCAUUCUUAACUUUAGAAUACUGAUAUUGGUAAGAAAUUGUAACCACUUUGUUUUACCAGAAGAAUCACAUUUAGGUCACCUAUUUUUCAGGAUAAUUUCCUAGAUACACCACCUGAUCAGUUAGUCUAUAUCUCAACCACAAGGCUGGUCUAUCGCAAUUCUGGAAAAAGUAACAGCCAUGAAAUUGUACCUGACAAAACAUUCACCAGGCCCACAAACUUGAUCACUUAGCAGUGCAUGUAUGCCACCAAGCAGUUCAUGAACAAACUGCAGCCUAGCUGUCUUGCAUUAGCCUCCUGUGCAGAAGGGAGCAGGUUUGGGAAGGGCUGUUGUUGUUAUUUUUUUUGAAGUCUUUUAACUUUAAGAGGUAAUUUCUACUAAUAGUUAUGUAGAGAUUCACACAUUCUAAGCAUUAUAUUAUGAAUGUAUUGUGUAUAUUCCAAAAACUUUUCUCUUACCUAGUAUUUCUUGGGUUAUAAAAUUUAUUUGACCCCAGAAUCCCUUAUGGGAACAUUAUGUAAUGCUGCAAGGAAGGAAUCUGUAAACUGUUUCAUGUACUUCCCUAUUUUGGGAGUUGUAGAGUCCAGCUUUGUCAUGGCUGUGCCUCUUUUCAUGGAUAAGUCCACUUAAAGAAGGGGUUGCUGGGUAAAAGUAAUUAAGUUACUUAAUGCUUUCAAUCUGUGACAAAACAUUCUAUGCCCAUUGUAUACCUUUCCGGCUGCCAUCUGUAAACUCUGGUUUAACAACAUUGGAGCAAAGAAUCAAGUAAAAUUUAGUAAAACAACUUUGCUAUUAUGCCUAGCACUAUCUUUAUCUGGUUUAUCCAACAUAUAAGAUAUACAAUGUUUAUACUACUUCUUUAUGUCCCAUGGUGUAAUGGUUACAGGAUUUAGGAGCAGUGGUUAUGAUGGCCCAUAAGCACACAGCCUCUAUAUUUGUUCUUGUGGGCCACUGUAGAAACUGUAAGUUACCAUGAUGGCAGAAUGUAAUGUAUGAAUGUCAGGGAAGAGAUUUUGACAGGCAUAAUCAAUGAUUCUACCAGUUGAGGUGCCAGUCAGGGUCUCACAAUCUGGGUCCCAGUAAUAGGGUGGUCUCCCAUUCAUAAAUUCAUCCAUUGAUCUACAGUGAUAUGAAUCAAAGAGUAAAGUUCAGUCUUUAAAUGUCAGGACACCAAUUAGGAUUUCUUGUGUCUGUCCCUUUCCUCUUCUCUCGUAGCCUCAAUGAAAAUCCUCAUGAUUUGAGAUUUUCAUGAUUAAACAAAGGUUCAAACAAAGCGAAAGGAUCACUACCCUGAUGUCUGCAUUGUACACAAUUUACCAGCCUAAUGAUGUUUGAGGCACUCUGAAACCUCCUUGCCUUACUCGGUAGGGUUAGAUAAAUGUUGUAUUACAAUUGUAAUUUAUCAAAUAUUAUUAUUCCAACUUUUUGCCUUUAAAUCUUUUUGGUCAGUGAUAGUGGAAAUUAUUGUCACGACCGUUACUGAAAAUUAAAACUUUGUUCACUGAAAAAAA